AUCAGUAGUACAAUUUCUCAUAUAGUUCGCGUCAAUGCCUAUAAAUCCGCCCCUCCCCACCUCCAAUCCCAGUAUCCCACCACAUCAAUCAACAAGCCCCCAAGACCAAUAAGCCCCCCUGCAUCUGAGUGUCGAGUGGAGCCAGAGUUUGCUCGGAGAGAUUAAAUUUAACCCAUCGAGAUGGCGUCGCAGGCGAUCGAGGUGAACAGGGAGGGCGCGGAGGUGUACCAUGGUGCGGCGCUGUGUGCCGAGAAGGCGGUGGAGCUGUUGGCAGAGACCAACAUGCCACUGGGCCUGCUGCCGCUAGCGGACAUCGUGGAGAUCGGGAGGCUAGUCUCGUAUGCCACCGAGGUGACGGCCUUUGUCGAAGACCGCAAGAUGAAGCGCAUCACGGGGGUUAAGAGCACGGAGCUCCUCAUCUGGGUCACCGUCAGUGACAUGUACAUCGACAAGAACGACCACUCAAAGAUCAGUUUCAAGACGCCCACCGGACUGCGAAGGACCUUCCCUGUCUCCGCCUACGGAAAGGAGGACGACAACAAGCACGACGUGGCCAAAUAAGAGACCACGGCUGGCAUACAGAGUUUGACAUUACGAUGAAUACUACAUGUACUUAUUUUCUGUAUAUAUGAACUGUUUUAAUAAAGUGAGAUUACGAAGUUGUAAUA